GAGGCGGAAUCCAGUCCCGGGCUUUCCCCAGCCUCCUGGCUCCGCUCCCAGGGAGUCCGGCUCCGGUUUCCCCUUCCUUCACUUUGUCCCUGGCUCCGCUCCCAGCUCGCUCCGCUUCCGGACUUUCCAUCCUGCCCCCUCCCUUGGCCGGCGCCUGGGAAAGCAACGGGGCACUCCUGGGUCCCUGCCCUGCAGCCCAGCAGCGCCCCAUGGGGUCCUGCCCUCCAGCACCCAGCUGCCCUCGGGCGUGAGGGGAGGGGGGUCCGGAUGUUCCCCCGUUCUCUUCGCCACCUGCUGGACGGGGGAGGCGACGCCGGUGUGACCCUCAGCGCUUUCCGGAGCAGGACCCCCGAGUCGGAGCGCGGAGGACCCCCAACUCCGGAGCAGCCCCCAGUGACCUUGUGGGAGGAGAAGGAGGAAGGCGCCAUCUACACCGUCAGCUCUCGGCUGCCAGGGGGCGCCAACAAAGCCAGCCUGUUCUCUGGGGUCGAGGACCUGCCAAGCACCUCAGGUCCCCCGGGGGCUGCUGAUGCCUCGGCGCUGGGGGUGUCGGGGUCCCCGGCCGGCCGCUCUCGGGUGCUGAAGGCUGGAUCGCUGCCCCGCCUGGUCAGGCACCUUCUGGAAGCCCCUUCGCUCGGGGACACCUGCUACGUCCCGGCCUUCCUGGCCACCUACCGGACGUUCGCCACGACCGGCCUGGUCCUGGGGUUCCUGCUUGAGAGGUUUGCAAUGGAGGGGAGAUGGUCUGGGGGGGUGGGAACGUUGGCAGUGCUGUUUGUUUGGUCCGCAGGCGGAAACCCAGCAGGUGCAGCUUGUGCGGCAUCUUUAACAUUGCUGAGUUUUCAUGGCUGCAGGCGGUUGUGGGUUCGAGUUCAGACGCUACCCCCGGAAACAGCAGACCUUCAGCGGGCCCUGGGGUCUCUGCUGUGCUGCUGGCUGGACGGGUACCCGGAGGACUUUGUGGGGCUGGACGCUGGCCUGAAGGAGCAGCUGGGAGCCUGGCUGCGCUGGGCGCUGGGUAGCGGAUCGGACCCCGAGAAGACCCUCCUGGCAGCCGGCCAAGAGGGUGCUCCCAAAGGCCAGGAGGACCCCCGGGAGGACGAAGGCAUCACGGACGAAGGGCCCCCAGACCCCCACUACAUCCUGGGGCUCCAGGCGGAAGACGUGGCCGCUCAUCUCACCGCGCAGGAUGCUGAGCUCUUCCUGCGCCUGGUGCCCCACGAGUGCCAGGGCCAGCUGUGGUCGCAGCGGGACAAGAGGGGCCACGAGGGGGCCUGCCCCUCUGUCCGUGCCACCGUGGCCCAGUUCAACCGCGUGGCCAACGCCGUCGUCUCCUCCUGCCUGGGCGACACGGAGCUGCGGGCGGCGCAGAGGGCGCGGCUGCUGGAGAAGUGGAUCCGCGUGGCAGAGGAGUGUUUUCUCCUCCGCAAUUUCUCCUCUCUCUAUGCCGUCGUCUCUGCACUGAAGUCCACCCCUUUGCAUCGCCUCAAGAGGACCUGGGAGGAGACAUCCAGGGACUCCCUCCGCUGCUAUGAGGAGCUGAGCGCCGUCUGCUCGGAGGAGGACAACUACAGCCAGAGCCGGAGGCUCCUCUUCCAGGAUGGCUACCCUCGAGGGGCUGGGGUGGACCCAAUCCAGCGCAGGCAGCAGCGGAGAUCUUUGGAGCAUCGCCCCGUGGGCGUGGUCCCCUACCUGGGCACUUUCCUCAAGGACUUGGUGAUGCUGGACGCAGCGACACGGAACAGGCUGCAGAACGGGUACAUCAACUUUGAGAAGCACCGCAAGGAAUUUGAGAUCCUCACCCAGCUGCGACUCCUGCAGGCCAACUGCCGCAACUACGCCCUGAGCCCCGACCCACUCCAGCGAUGGCUGCAGCGCUUGCCCCGACUCAGCGAGGGCCAGAGCUACCAGCUGUCCUGCACAAUCGAGCCGCCUGCGGAAGCAGCGACCCCUGGCCGCCCCGUGAAGCCCACCCUGGUGAUCACCCACUGUGCAGACCUGGCCACCUCGAUUGGGAUGAGCACCCUUGUCUGCUGGGACAAGCCCAGCUCCCCGCAAGCCCCGCCAGACCUCCUGCUGCCUCCACCUGCUUCCCCCACCCCCCACGGGCAACCGCACCAGACCCAGCGUAUGAAGUGGCCGUCCGUCUCCUCGCUGGACACAGCCCCAGAGAACGCCUCUCCCUCCUCUCCGGAGGGCUUGGCCCCACCCCCUGCCGAGGGGGGCACCUUCGUCCGGGGCCACCGGCGCUCGGCAUCCUGUGGGUCAGCCUACCCCACGGCCCCCGCCCCGGACAGCGGACUCCCCUCGGACUGCCGCAUCAUCCGCGUCAGCAUGGCUCUGCACAAUGGCACCCUCUACAAAAGCAUCUUGGUCACGAGCCAAGACAAGGCGCCGGUUGUGAUCGCGAAGGCGCUGGAGAAGCACAACCAGGAUCGGGUCCUGGCCGCCAACUAUGAACUGGUGCAGCUCCUGCCGGAAGGCCGAGAGCUGGCCUUCCCCACCACGGCGAACGUCUUCUACGCAAUGAGCAGCACCUGCCUGGACUUCAUGCUGCGACCCAAGCGCCCACGGGAGAAGCAGCCCCCUCCGCCGCCUCCACCCAAACCCAAGCCGCCCAAGGGGGUGGAGAUUAGCGCCACCUUCCCGAAGAUUAAGGCCACCGGGCGGAAGAUAGCCAGAGCCCUCUUUUGAGUUGGGCGGCAAGAGGAUAGAGCGGUGCCUCGGUUUCCACUCUCUCAGGGCUGGCGGCCCACGCUGCCCUUAAGACUGGGGACAGCAUAGGGUUGCAACGCGGUGUCAGAAGUGGCAAAAUGUUGGCAGAGCUGCGUUGGCAGGCCUGGCUGGCGGAGAACCCUGGUUUUCCAGAGUCUUUGAGGAACUCGAUGUCCUUAACUGCUUGGACCAGGGGAAAAGGAAACCAGAGGGCAGGACGCGAUCCGAUGGAUGCAACCGACGAGAAAGGAGAUUCCGGCUAAACGUUAGGAAGAACUUCCCGUUUGAUGGUGGAACCGGAGGUGGCAGAGUCUCCUCCAUUUUUUAAGCGCAGCUUCCUUUAGCUAUGAUUCCGCCAUCUCAGGGGGGCUGGACUAGAUGUUCCUGUGGGCCCCUCCUGAUCCUCCGUUUCCGAGUCCGUUGUCCAAUUUCCAGUGUCAGCACCUUUCCUUUCCUUCAUUUGGGUAGAGCAUGGGGCCGAUAAGGUUUGCAGUCCCACCUUGGACCGCUGGAGUUGGACUGGAUGAUCCUCAGGUGCCUUCAAACUCUGUGAUUCUAGUGAAAUCCCUCCCCUCUAGCUCAGGGGGGAAGGCUGCGUUGCCGAAAACACGGAUGUCGUGUCGCUCUUGGAAGAGUUUCCAUCUGCGUUGUGCAUUUCCUGUUGCCGUCGCCACCGGCUUCCUGUUUCUUUGCCGUGGGCGCCUUCUCCUCUCACUCUGGGCUCCUCCCAUCCCCCCCCCCACCCCGCCUGCCCCAAGUGCCUUGACUGUCAACGGGAGGGUUGCCAAGUGACCCUGAGGCACCUCGCUUCCUGCUGCGGGGAGGGAGGGCUUGGCGGAUUGCCCUGAUGACGGCUCCCUCUUUUUGGACCGGUCGGAAAGUGGAGCAAUUCUGUGCCUGUCGGAGGCUGUUUCUCACAGAUCCCAGAUGCAAACUGCCCCCUCUGCUAAGCUCAGCUGCCCCAUAUCUCAGGGAGGGUGUGUGUGACUCUAAGAUGCACUUGACACUGCGCUGAGUGCAAAUGAACACUAAUUUUUUUAUAAAAAAGACGGCGCUAUGUUGUGAGGCUGUGGGGAAGGGUUCGGCCUGACCCAGGGCCAAAUCUGUCCUUCCUAAAGCGAGGGGGAAACAUCACCUGUGAAUCCUGAUGCUGGUGGGAAGACGGUGACUUUUCGCGGCUGUUUUACACGGACAGUCACUUUGCAAAUUCCGCUCCAGCCACCCUCAGGUUGGGAUCUCCUCCAGGGGUUUUGCACUGAAUUUCCCAUCAGCCCCAACCGAUGGCUUCAAGUUACGAGAAAGGAGGUUCCGCGUAAACGUUUUUCUGAACCGCCUUCGCCUUCCUCGGAGGUUUCUAAGCUGAGGUUGGGUGGCCGUCUGUCGUGGGGUUAGGCUAGAUGGCCCUUGGGGGUCCCUUCCAAAACUUGAAUUCUAUGGUUCAUUAGAGGUUGGGCGGGCUUCUGUCAGGUAUCAUUGAGCUCUGGUUCCUGAAGUGCAGAGGGUUGGACUAGAUGACCCUAGGUGUCCCCUCCCAAUGUCACAGCUCUGAGACUCCAGGACUUUUGGACUACAGUUCCCACCAGCACCCGAUGGGGAGUUGUAGUUUAAAACCCCAGAGGCAAUCUCAGGUUGAGGAAGGUUGGGAGUUUCCCCACUUUUUGCACUCCUGCAGGCUGCUCCUUCUCACCGCGCAGCUAACAUUUUAUAUACGAGUCUAAACAGCUUGCAAAUUGGCUCUCUUCUUUCGUGUACUGUCUGAAACUCUGCAGAGUCCCCGAUAUAUUUUUAUACUAUUUAAGUUUCAGCACAAGAAACGCCUUCUUCACAGGAGCCUUUUAACACCUCUGUGGGCCGAGCUGCACCGGUUGGGCUGCCGCCUGCCCCUUGCCAUCUCACAGCUGCCCACGGGCAACCAGCACUUUCUACCUGCUGCCUAUAACUUUCCCCCCCCCUCUUUCUCUGGAGGAAAAACGAUGUUUUGAAUGUUAAAAACAUUUGUACUCUGCUGCAUCAGGGACACUGAAACUUUCUAUAAAAUAUUAUUAUAAAAAG